AUGAUUUUUGGAACAACUAUCAAUAUUCUUAUAUUUAUCUCAUUAAUUUUAAAUAUUCUCCUUAUAAAUGGUCAACAUCGAACAAAUGAAAAAUGUGAUGAAAAUACGGUGAAUAUGCAUAUGCUUGAAUGUUAUAAAAAAUAUAUUGAUGAUACGAUUGAUUUAACAUCACCUGAAAAUGCAUAUUAUAUGGAAGGAAGUCUACUUUGCCAAGCUUAUAAUAAAAGUUCAUCAUAUCGUCAAUGUCUUUAUUCAAUAUUUGAUAUUGAUCAAGUUUGUUCUCGUGAUCAUUAUCCAUAUUCAUAUGAAUAUUCGAAAAUAUAUUGGAAAUUAGUUAUCAGUUCCUGUCAAGUUAAUCAAAAUGAUAAUUGUCAUCCAUCUCGUUUAAGUCAACAUAUUCUAAAUAAAUGUCAUUAUUCAUUUGAUGAUAAAUAUCCAACAAAAUGUUUAGAAUUUCUACGUUCUGUUAAAUGUAUGGAACAAUAUGAAUCAUAUUUAAUACCUUCAACAUAUGGAUCUCAAUGUUCAACAAUAAAAGCAUUUUAUUAUUAUUAUGGAGAUCUUGCUGCUCGUCUUCAAUUAGCCAUUAAUAUUUGCGAACAAUAA